AUGACGAAAGAAGAACUUGAUAUCAUUACAAGUGAAAAACAGAUUUGGCGAUGCCCACCAUGUGCGAAAUCUAGAAGACAAAGUAUGCAGGCGGUGAAAGAUGCGGAAGAAGGUAAGGCAAGUAUCGAGCAGAUAGUUUUUAUGUUAGAAGAAGCAAAAGAAGACCGCAAGCGGAUGGAAAAAGAUAUGACUAGUUCGUUUGAAUUUUUGCAUAACUUGGUCAAAGAUCAAAAGGAAGCCUUAAAUGUGCAGUCACAAAAAUUAAGUGAGUACAUGUCUGUUAUUGAGGGACUUAAACAGGAAAAUGUGAAUUUAAGUAAAAAAGUUAGGGAAUUGGAGGUAAAAUUGGAUGAUAGUGAGCAGUAUAUUAGAUCUAAUAAUGUUGAAAUCCAUGGAGUUCCGGAAAAAAGUAAUGAAGAUGUGUACGAGACUGUAAAGACUGUCGCCAACGCCUUGGGAUUAUCCAUCGAGAGGGAGGCUAUUGAUGUGUGUCACAGGUUAGGGAAAAGGACGGGUUACGACGGCCCCCCAACUAUCAUUGCUAGAUUCGUUCGUCGUGAGGACAAACUCAAUCUCUUGCAAAAAAGGCGCGUAAAGCGAAACUUCAACACAAAUGAUCUCGGACUGUCGCAGCCGGCCGUUCCAAUCUACAUAAAUGAAAACUUGUGCCCUGGGCGUAGGAAGGUGUACACUGCGGCCCGACAGGCAAAGAAGGACAAAAACUACACGUAUCUGUGGAUCCGCAACGGAAAAAUAUUGAUGAGGAAGGAUCAAUCAUCGUCUGUGUGUGUGAUAACGUCAAUGGACGAUGUUGCUAAGCUGUAA